AUGGGAGAUGAUGCGCCUGACCACAUUUUUACGGAUGAGGAUGCGGACGAUCUCUCAGAAUGGCAGUGCGACUGCAACGAAGACCCGGAACAUUGCGAAUGCGAGCAAACCAAGUUGAUUGUACGAUGCUACAACGACGAAGACGAAGACGAUUUGAACGAGAGUUUUUUGGAUUUUCAGAGACAGCGCAAUGCCGUCAAGCGGAGGGAACGCAUAUAUAAGUGGGAAUGCGAUCAGGAAAAGGCGAGGGCACUAGGAGCUAUUCCAGGGAUCCUAGAGAACGAGAAAGCCAAGGUCGCUGAAAUCCAGGCUGCCAUCAGCGACAUCGUCAAAUCUAAGGCCCCGAACGCGAAGACGCCUGUCAACGUCAAUCACCGUAUGUACGACCUAUACUGUGUCGAGCUUUGCGAGCUCGUUAAACGUGAUGGCGAUGCCGAAGGAAACGUGAUCUACUUUGUCACACGACGCGACAUUGAGGACAUGGGCCCUUACGAUGACCCCGAAUGUAUCAUCGAGCUUGAUUCCGUGCCCAAGAGGUGCAACCCGGGAACAAAGCUGUACGCCAUGGUAGCGCUCUAUGACGUGUCCCCUGAAAUGAUUGAAUGGUGCUCGAAACUGUUCCCCAAUCCCACCCACGCUGGCGAGUACAACAUCAGCAGGUAUCAUGGGGGUAAAGGCGAAUGUAUGGAAAUCAUCUUCCAUAACAACGAGUACCUCGAACUCAAAGUCUCUGCCAAAGCUGUUCUCGAUAUUUGCGACGGCGACGACAAGAAGAAGUUCAACGAUUACUUCAACAAGGAGAAGAAACCAUUUUUCCACAUGUACGGUGUCUAUAAAGAUCCAAAGGAGGCUCGCGAGGCCCUCAAUUGUUGUUGGAGUGGUCAUCUCACGAGGGAUCUGAGGAGAGGUCUGAAGUAG